AUGAAAGUGGUAGCCAUUAUUGCUGGAAUUAUCUUGGUUGUAGCCUGGAUAUUCUACGUUGCUAGUAAUGCGGUUCCAUCAUGGAGUUCACAAUCUUCUCUGGGUAUUACUGAUACAUAUGGCUUAUGGCAAGCUUGUAGAACAUAUUCUACUACAUCAAGCUGCGGUAAUAUCAACUGUCCAGCAUCGAGUAAUGAUAACGGUUACUGUGGUAGAUUAAUGGCUGGAAGAGCUUUUAUGACAUUAGCCUGUAUUUUCUCUGGUAUUGCAGCUAUAUGUCUCCUUGUAUGUGCAUUUGCCGAUGAAAAGAUAAGUCGAAUAUUAACAAUAGCAGGUAAAGUACUUGCUUUUGUAUGUGUGAUUAUGGGUAUCAUCGGAGUUGCUACGGGCGGCAGCGCGCAACAAGUACUUUGGCAAGGUUAUAAUCAACUGAAUUUGACUGCAGGUUUUGGAUUAGGAAUCGUUGCAUUUAUCAUCAAUCUUGUUGGUGCUAUUGUAAGUUUAUUUGUCAAAUAA